AUGGGUGAAGACACAUUGAAUGAUGAUGUUUUAAUGGCAGUGAAAGCAAAAUUGCAAAAUGCAAAACUUCCAAUAUACAAGUAAGUUUAUAUCCUAAUGUAAAUCACAGUCACCAUUAGGCAGGGUCUGAAAUUUUAUUUUUUUUUAAGUAUCCACAUGGAUACCAAGGUUUUAAAAUUUGGUAUCCCUCCCGAUAAUCCAGUAUCCUAAAUCUGGAUACUUAACUAGUUGGCUUUUCGUAUGCCACAGGGCCAGACCCAACAUCACUCUAAGGCUUACUCUUAGUCAACUACGUCAAGCAUUUUCGUCCAUCGCAUUUUAUGUUUAAUAUACUAGAAUCCUAAAAGGAACUUAUACAGUUCAAAUAUUCAAUUUCUUAACAGUUAACAGGGUUAUUUAAUUAUAAAUUAAAGUCUAAGUGUCAACUUCUCUGAUUUUUAAUGCUAUCAGUAUGCACUCAAAUGGGAACUACAGCGUCAUUAUCAUCAUCAUUGGCUGUAUUAUCAUGAAGACCAUUGCCUGCAUCAGGAGUUUUGGUAGUUUUAAUUAAAUAUUUUUUACAUAAUAUCACAAGAAAGCAUGGAUUAUUUACGAGUAUUUUAGUUCAUGACGGCAGCAAAAAAAAUGUAUUUCUUUUUUGCUAACUAUCGACCUUCAAAUUUCCUUACAAUCUUCUUGACUUUUCUUCACGUGCCCGCGAAUACCGCCUGCUACGCAGGCUAGACUUUUCUUGAUUUCAAAAAGAUUCUUUUCAAUGAAGUCUGGACCAUUGAACUAUAAAUAAACUGGAAGGCUAACUGCUAUGAUGAAGGCCUAUGAUUUGAUGAAGCCAAAAUAGUUUUUCUGAGUUAUGAGCAGAAAUACUUGACCCCAAACGUCGGGCUAUAUAUCAAAUUGAAGCUAUUGAAAAUUGCUAUUCGGUGUGGAAAUUUCAAGACUUCGGCGAAAAGAAAAAUAUUUAAAAAAUACGAAAACAACUGCAAAACGGCAAAUUAUCGGUAAUUAUGUUUGUAGUUUUUCAAUAUUUCCCUUUUAGCUAAAGUCUUAAAAUUUCUACACCAAAUAGAGUUUUUCAAUAGCUUCAAUUUGAUAUAUAGCCCAACGUUCAGUGUUGAGUAUUUCUGCUCAUAACUCAGAAAAACUAAAAUGCACUGGCUUCAAUUUCCCCCCCUGAGUUAGCCUUCCAGUUUAUUUAUAGUUCAAUGGUCUGGACAGUUGUUUCAAUGUGGAAACACUAUUCAAAAUGGCGACUCGCGAAUUGAACCAUGAGUGGACUACAUGCAUAAAUACAACGUUAAGACGAAUGCUAGACUUGUGUUACAGCACUAUUUAAUGAACAAAAAUGUGGGGAGACUACUAAAACAUUAACUGCUAUCCCGUUUUUUAAAAAAAUGUGGUAUCCCAUCGGGAUACAAGUAAAAUAAACUUAGUAUCCAAACCAAAUUUCAGUAUCCCGUGGAUAUCGGGAUACCGCAAAUUUCAGACCCUGCAUUAGGUAACAGGGAGUUUUAAAAAAUGACGAAGGAAAGUCCUACACCCCUAAUUUUUGCCCGAGUCCUCAAACAUUGCAAAGUCACUAAUUGACACAAAAUUAUUUUAUAGUAUUUACCCUUUAAGUGCUAUGUGCCUGACACGCCCUAAUUUACUUUUUUACUCUGUCUAAUUCCAUACGAUUUUACUUGUCAGCCUGUCAGGGAGAGAGUGCCACUCAAUUGGCUGAAACUCCAGUUUGAUUUCUCCUUUUCUAGAUGCCCUGUAUCCGAGUGUGGGAAUACAUAAACAGGUUUAAAGGUUUUGCAUAUCAUUAAUAAUAUGCUCCUUAUCUGCACCCUAAUUGGGCAUACACAAUUUGUAAUGUUGAACUGAAUUAUUUAUUUUGUUAAGAAUUGUAUCAGACAACAUCGAUCAUGAAGUUUAUGCACGAAUUCAGACUAAAGAUCAUAAUAACCUGUCAAUUCAUUGGACACAUCAGUAUGCUGUACGAGAUAAAGUUGUUAAUCCUACCCUGGAAACUUCAUCACCACAAGUAGACCCUGAUGAUCUUCAACUGUCAGCUCUUUUGCCUGAUAGAGGUGUCCAGCAGAAUAUGGUUCACCAAUGGGCAGUUUUUGUUAGUAGAAUAGUGACAAAGUAUAUCCCGGCUUUCCAGAACUUUCAAAAGGAUGUCAUCUGGCACAUUCCACAUGAAUUCUCAAAUGAAAUGUCUGUAAAAUCUGACAUGGUAAGAGGUCUUAAGGAAUCAAUGUGAAAAUCAAUGAGAAUAAUGCACAGUUGAAUAUGUAUAGGUUAUUUUGAGGCAACGAGGGGAUAUGUGAUUUAUUCACCGAGGCGCGCAGCGCCGAGGUGAAUAAACACAUAUCCCCGAGGUGCCUCAAAAUAACGUACUUAUUUUUCACACUGCGAGGUCGCGUUAAUGAGUCAGAAAAGAAAUAAUUCUCAAUGCCAUAUUGCUUUUGCGAUGUUGUUUUUUCUCGUUUUUUGUGCUGCAAAGACAUUGCAGGUGAAUAUUAGAGGGGAUUAUCAAUUGCAGGUGAAUAUUAGAGGGGAUUAUUAAACGGAAAUUGAUUAGAGGGGAAUAUUGAAUAUAUUCCCCGACAAGAACAAAGGAAACCGAGCAGGGUGAAAAAUAAAUCCUAACAUUCUAACUCUCCCGGGAAUCUACUAAAAAUUCAUGAAAACUUCUGCUCUCCUAAUUUUUAUUAAAUUCUCCCAAUUUUUUUUAGAAUAUUCAGGAAAUAUCGCAAAAAAUCAUUGACAUUGUCUUUACCUUUUUUAUGAAGUUACUUUAUAAAUGACAACUUAUAGGAUCAUAUAUACAACAACUUAUACCCAAAAUGCAGGAAAAUUGCCAUUUCAGAUACUCAAUUUAUAUUAUUUUUUCCUAUAAGAAUAUAUUUCAACUCACUUAACAGUCUCCCUAAACUUUUACCUCAAGUGGUUGGAAUAAUGACUGUAUAUGUCUUACACGAUACAUUAUGUGACACAAAGCUAAGAUAUUAGGCAUUAAUUUGGAAUCAGCAACCCAUACAUAAUCUUAUCACCAAUCAUAUUUAUUAAUAUGAUGUAUCUUACUUGAACAUUUAUAACCCGGCCACUGUCUGGUAUACAUGUAUCAACCCAGCCAUUAACCCAUUUAGCCGCAAUGCGCCCCAUUGUGCGCCCUACUCAUAUUUUUUUUUAUUUGUCUAACACCAGACAAUUUAAUUUACUUAUCAAUGGGGAAGCUCUGUAGCUUAAUGGGUUAACUAACAAAAUAAUCGGACAAUGUCUCUAGUUAACCUAUUGAUGCAUAAUUCACCCCACUUAUAUUUUUUUUCUUGUCUAACGCCAGACGAUUUUACUCGUCAAUGGGGAUGCUCUGCAACUUAAUGGAUCAAACUGCAGUGUGCCAUAAUGCAGUCUACCUUCUUAUUUCACUCUAUCUAACACUGCACAAUUUUAAUCCUCAAGGGCCCAAGAACUAAAUGGGUUAAUGAAUAUAUGCUUUGUUUUAUAUCCUAUAGUGUUCCCUUGGUAUGGAAUUUCAUAACCCUAAUGUGGCAGCAGAAAUGGCCCAGAUCUUAAAAAGUUACCAGGCAAUUAAUUAUGUUCCAUGCCUUAAUUGGGAUGACGAACAAAUAUUCCUUUCCACAGUACCAGUACAUGGUGACCAAUUGUUUGAGGAAUGUGGACGCAAUGUUAAGUGGACAUUCAGAGAUGGGGAGAGUGAAUAUGUAUAGGUUAUUUUGAGGCAACGAGGGGAUAUGUGAUUUAUUCACCGAGGCGCGUAGCGCCGAGGUGAAUAAACACAUAUCCCCGAGGUGCCUCAAAAUAACGUACUUAUUUUUCACAAUGCGAGGUCGAAAUAAUGAGUCAGAAAAGAAAUAAUUCUCAAUGCCAUAUUGCCUUCGUUAUGUUGUUUUUUUCUCACUUUUUGUGCUGCAAAGACAUUGCAGGUGAAUAUUAGAGGGGAUUAUUAAUUACAGGUGAAUAUUAGAGGGGAUUAUUCAACGGAAAUUGAUUAGAGGGGAAUAUUGAAUAUAUUCCCCGACAGAAACAAAGGAAACCGAGCAGGGUGAAAAAUAAGAUAGAGUAGAAGGACUCCUUUCAGAGCAAUGCCGAUUGGCAUGCAAAAGUAACGCUGUACAAGGUUGGUGAUGUUGAAGUUUUUGUGGCUUAUUAGAAUGUUCCACUGAUUCAAGAAUGCAUGCAGGACGGGGGCAUAGGAAGCUUGUAAAAGUUGGGGAGCCCAGGCUUUGAUGGGCAGGGGGGGGGUGAGGUCUCAAAUUUUUUUUCCGGAUAUACCACAUUUUUCCUAAAUAUUAAUUUUCUGGAUACAUCAUAUUUUCCCGGAAAUGAAAAAAAAUUUCCCGAAAAUAACAUAAAUUCAGGUUUUCAAAAGGCAAUCCUUAAGACAUUUUUCACGCAAGAAAAGGGCUCUUUGCUCCCGGAAAAAAGGGCAAUUGGCAAAACUCCCCGGUUCCUACGCCCCUGCAUGAUGCAGGAAGUUGACAUUUAGAGUGUAGAAUGUUUAUGAAUUGUUCAAUAUGGUAGCUAAUUCUUCAUUGCUGCAUGUCCAACUUUCAAAUGUAUUAAAUUUAAAUUGGCAAUUAAGGUAUCUAACACGAGAACGACUAUCUUUACAGUGAAGCAAUGCUGUAGCAAUAAUGAGUCAAACGUAAAAAUUCAGUAUUUAAACCCAUUGACUGAAAUACAUGUAACCUGGUGUUACUCACAUUAGAUAGAGUAAUUAAUCAUAAAUUUCACUAUGCGUUUGUAGACAGAAUUCGAUAUGUUUACAAAAGAAGAAUCUGCUGGCGAGAUUGGUACCAGUAGAGCCAGUAUGAAUAGGUGUGGCAAGACCAAUGCAGCAAAAGGAGUCCAUGGUCAUUACAAUGAAUAUAAGGAUUUUCACAGUAGAGAGAUUGAGGCACAUGUUUGUGCCUCCUUCAUGGAUAUGUGCGAGAUGGUAAACAUAGAAGGUAAACAUUGUAAUGUAGAGCAAUAUAGUUUCAAUUGUUUUUUAUAACACCAGGCGAUUUUACUUGUCAAGUGGAGAGUGCUGCCACUCGAUGGGUUUAAUAUUAACAUAUACUUUAGAACUCGACACAUCACACUUUACCAUAAACUUUAAAAUGAAAAUGUUAAUGUUUAUUUUUCAUAUAUUGUUAUAUCGAUUGUUUUUUAAAGAAAUAUUAUAGAAAUUAAUGGUAGUAAUUUGCAUAUUUGCAUAAGUUGAUUUACUAUGUGCAAAAUUAAUGUUCUUUUUGUUCCUUUUAGAUGUACCAGCAUGUGAUUUUCCUGACAAAGAUGCCGACCAACAUGCCAGGUCAACAUGGUUAAUUGAAAUAUGUAAGAAGCAUGUAGAGACAUAUGUGGUUUCAUCUGAUGUAUCAAACCUUGUGGAACCAAUUGGUAUUCUGGAUGAGAAACUGAAUGAGAAAAAGUUCCCAUGUCGUUCACCUGAAUGUAACAACACAUACACAAUACAUUCAAAGAGAGUCAGGUGUGUAUUUUCAAACAACAAUUUUUUAUUUACUGAUUCGCCCAAGAUGUUGAAAUUACACAUAAAUGAAAUAAACUAUUUACAAGAGAUGGGCUAGAAGCCUACUAGAAACCAUAUGGCUUUUGUUUUAGGCCCCUAGGUUAUAAAUUUAAACUAAUUAGCAAUGAAAAUGAUAUGCAGCAUCAGUUUGAGUGCUUUUAAGAGAAAAGAAAAAGAAUAGUUAAAUAUUAUAUGAUAUGAUAUUAACCCAUUAAGUGCCAGCGCUCUCCCCUUGACGAGUAAAAUCGUCUGGCGUUAGAGUAAAAUACUAAAUUAGGCUCCAUCAGGGUGCAUCGCCACUCAAUGGGUUAACUAGACACAUGCGCAGAUAGGCCAGUUAACCCAUUAAGUGCUAGCGCUCUCCCCUUGACGAGUAAAAUCGUCUGGCAUUAGACAGAGUAAAAUACUAAAGUAGGGUGCAUCAGGGCGCAAUGCAACUCAAUGGGUUAAGAUACAUUUACAAUUCAAUUUUUGAUUUAUAGUUUUCCUAUACUUACAGGAAUAUGUUAUUCUAUUAAAUAAUAUUAUUCAGUCAUGUUAUUAAUCAUUUCAACCCUUUGUGGCAAUGCGCUCAGAUGUGCCAUACAAAUAUAUUAUUUCACUCUGUCUAAUACCAGACAAUUUUAAUAGUGAAAAGGAUAGUGUUGCCACUCAAUGGGUUUAACAGAGCACAAAAGGGACUGCAGAUCUUGGGGGGUGGGAGUGGGUGGUAGCAUGCCCCCUUAACUCUUGCCAAUACUAUAUUCCCCUUAUUACGUUUUCGUAGCGCUUUGCAUUGUGGUUAUAGUGGUAUCACUGAUGUUCAAGAUGGCUUAUUUUUUGUGCUAACCCGUGCAAGACCCGAGUCAGGUGCAUGAUAGCCAACAGCAAAAUAUUUGCGAAAACAUUCAAUAUUUUAAUUUGAGGCCGCUAUCUUUAUCAGUGAUACCACUAUAACCACAAUGCAAAGCGCUACGAAAACGUAAUAAGGGGAAUUAUCAAUUGAAAGAAAAAGUCCAUUGAUGUAUAUGGUUUAAAAUAAUGUGAUCGUAAUAGGGUGUGUUCACUUGUGUUUCCCUCAAACACUUUCCAAACACAUUUUGUAAUCACUGUAUGAACUAUAAUAGUACUAUAUGUUAUUAUGCUUGUUUUUUAGGCAUGAAGUAAUGAAUCAUGAUUUAAAAAUGGAGGUUUAUGUAGAAGAUGAAAGGGAUAAGUUUGGUUACUAUUAUUGCCAGUUUCCUUCAUGUGGACUAGUGUUUAGUACAAAGCAAACACAAAAAAGGUACAUCUGGAUUCUGUAACAGCUACAUUUGGUAUGCAUAAUUAAACAAUUAAUAGGUGUAAUGCACCAGAAUGCUCCCUACUUUAUUAUUUUACUUGUCAAGAGGAGGUGACUGCCUAUUAAAACCUAUUGAGUCACAUUGCACCAUACUUUAUUAUUUUAAUGCUAUUGUGCAGUUUAUUUAACUCCAGUUAUACAUAUUUUAAUAGACAUGAAAGGCAAUUUCAUCCAAAUGGUAAUUUUUAUGCACCACAAAUUGAGCAAGAGAUCACCACAGGGUUUGAGGAGGACUUUAUGUUCAAUUAUCACCAAGCCAAAUUGAUGUUUGGUCUCAUUCUUAUGGCAUUUGAAGAUGCUGUAAAAGAAGGCGAUGGACAGCGGUUGUUUGAAAUAUACAAGCUAUUUCUACUCUUAAAGAAAGCUAAUGGACACACAAAGUAUGCAUAUGCUACCCUCCUGUAUCUUGUAAAGAUAUGUUCAAUUUUUUCUGAGUAUGAGGCAAACAGAUUAAAGUGGAACAGGUUUUAUAAUAAUCAUGGAGGCAAAGGAAAGAAUAUUCCGCUUGACCUUAAAAAAGAACAUCAAAACAAGCAGUUGAAGAAAAUGUGGAGAGCCCUAGGACCAAACCUGAAUGAGAAAAAUGCAGCUCGUUUGGCUGGAACACUAGAUUCAGUUGAGUGUAUCAUGCAAUCUGUUGACAAAGAUUGUAAAGUAACAGAACGGAAAUCCCAUCGUGCAGUGCCAAAGAAAGAAGAGGCUGUUUACCAGCUUUUCCAAUUUCAGGUCAAACCUUUUGCCAUGCAUGGACUACAGAGAUUUACAUAG